AUGGCCGACGUCGAAAAGUCCACAGAAAUUAGCGCGUGUGAAAGUGUCAACGACGAGCUGUCCGAGACGCUCUGCAACGCAGAAGCAGACUCUGAUGGAGGAUGGCAUGGAUGGCUCAGCGUGUUCGGCGCCUUCCUUGCACUGUACUGCACAUUCGGCCAGUUGAAUGCCUUCGGCACCUUCCAAACCUGGUACGGGGACCACCAAUUGAGACAUCUCGCACCAUCCACCAUCUCCUGGAUCGGAUCCUUGCAGCUAUGGGUCUUCUUUUUUUCGGGAGGUAUCAUUGGUCGAAUAUUUGACGCACGCGGUCCUCGAAUGCUCAUGCUAUGCGGAUCAGCGAUACUCGUGGCUAGCAUCAUGCUGACGAGUAUUUCCACUCGCUUCUGGCAUUAUAUCCUUUGUCAGGGGAUACUAUUUGGUCUCGGAGUGGGUCUCGUAUUUUAUCCAUCAGUUGCAGUGGUAUCAACACGAUUCAAGAGAUAUCGCGCCACUGCACUUGGAAUCGCCAUGGCCGGCUCGGGCUUGGGAGGCGUCGUGUACCCUAUAAUGUUUCGCCGACUGUUCGAUCAGGUCGGGUUUCCGUGGGCCGUACGAAUAUCAGGCUUUGUUUGCCUCGCGUUAUGCGGUAUAGCAUUGGCGACAGUGACAAUGCCAUUGCCUCUGCGAAGAACUCGUAGACCCUGGUUCGAGCUCGAGACACUCAAAGACAGGCGGUUUAUUCUUCUCCUGAUCGCGAGCGUCUUCAUUGCAUUCGGUCUAUUUAUACCCAAUUUCUAUAUCGUGGACUAUGCAGUUGCACACGGCAUUUCCCCGACGACUGCAUUCUACGUUCUAGCUAUCAUGAAUGCCGGGAGCGUUCCAGGGCGUUUACUUCCACCGUUUGCGUCUGAUACUCUCGGAAGAUUCAACUUGAUGGUACCGUGUGUCUUCUUGGCCGGGCUAUUGGUCCUAUUACUGUGGACGCUGGCGAAGAACCUCGCGGCUAUUAUCAUGUUCUCGCUGCUUUUUGGUUUCUGUUCCGGUGGCUUCAAUGCACUCAUCAUUUCCUGCGUCGCACAAAUAUCCGAAGACAGUCAGAUUGGCACAAGGGUUGGCAUAUUAUACACUGUUAUAUCGUUUCCCUCUUUAGGGGGAGGUCCCGCAGCCGGCGCUCUGCUAUCUUACAGCCACGGGUCGUACAUUGGGACGAUUGUCCUUUCAGGCUCGACAAUUCUUGUUGGCUCCCUUCUGAUGUUGUGCGCAAGAUUAAAAAUAGACGGACGAUGGAUCGCCCGCGUCUAG